AUGGCGAAGAACGACGAGUCUGCGCCGGAUCUGAAGAUCCUCGGCGACCAAAUCACCCUUCAGCCCAGCGGCUACGUCAAGCCAUCCCAGCCACGCGAUGAUGAGAAGGAGGAGGCUCUGAUGAAGCACAUGGCCCGCUUCCGCUCCGAGCCGCUACAGUUCCUCCGUGAAGUCUCCUUGUAUGUCUCCGGCACCGGAUGGCGCGCUUACGACAACGCCAUCGGCCAACCCAUCUUCUACCCUGGCUUCACCGACAAGAUGAAGGAAGCUGUUCUGUCGGCAAAACUAUUGCAGGAGCGCAUCGCAGAUCUGGCCGAGAGGCGUGUCGCCGUUGAGGAAAAGGAGGGACUGCUGAACAAACAAGACAAGGACUUCGACCUGAAGCGCGCACGCAGACGGGCAGUUAUCGAGUCUGGAAUUCAAGAGGUGGCAGAAAAGAUGACCGACGACAUGAUCUGCAAGUUCGAGAGCAAGACGUUCAUCCGGAGUGCAUACUACCUCGUCACCCAGCUGACGUUGCGUGCUUACAACCAAGGCAUACAUGUAUCCAGCGAGGAGGUUCUGAGGCUGCGCAAGGUCGCGGAGGAGGCAGAGAAGAAGAAGCAGAGCAUCAUAUUCCUGCCCUGCCAUCGGUCACACGUCGACUACGUCUCGCUUCAACUCAUUUGCUACCGCCUUGGGCUGGGUCUGCCGGUGGUCGUGGCGGGAGACAACCUCAAUUUCCCUCUCGUAGGAAGUUUCUUGCAGCACGCCGGCGCUAUGUGGAUUCGGAGAUCCUUCGGCGAUGAUAUCCUAUACACGACGCUGGUACAGACCUACAUCGACACUCUCCUGCAGGGUGGAUUCAACUUUGAGUGCUUCAUCGAGGGCGGUCGGUCGAGAACGGGAAAGCUCUUGCCGCCCAAGUUUGGCAUUCUCAGUUUUAUCUUGGAUAGCAUCCUGUCGGGCCGGGUAGAGGACGCCAUCAUCUGCCCUGUUAGCACACAAUAUGACAAGGUCAUCGAGACGGAAGGCUACGUGACGGAGUUGCUUGGUGUGCCUAAGAAACAGGAGAAUCUGGCGGACUUUCUCUCGGGUGGAUCGUCAGUAUUGUCACUGAGGCUCGGCAGAGUCGAUGUCAGGUUCCAUGAACCUUGGAGCUUGCGCGGCUUCAUUAACGAGCAGCUUACGAGGCUGUCCAGGCUACCCACGGGUCUCAGCAUGGACACAAAGAACCCCGAAAACACCGCUAUCCGCCAGAAGCUCCUCCGAAUUCUGGGCUACAAGGUGUUGUCUGACAUUAAUGAUGUCUCCGUGGUCAUGCCAACAGCCUUGAUCGGCACCGUUCUGCUCACCUUGCGAGGGAGAGGUGUGGGCAAGACUGAGCUUGAGCGCCGCGUCCUGUGGCUCACCGAUCGCGUGCGUGCAAAGGGCGGCAGAGUUGCUCACUUUGGCAAUGCGCCACUCUCAGAUAUCAUUGAGCGUGGUCUCGACGUCCUGGGCAAGGACCUGGUUGGCGUUGUGAAAGACCUCCCUGAACCGACCUACUACGCCGUCGAUCGCUUCCAACUUUCGUUCUACCGCAACAUGACUAUUCACCUGUUCAUUUCGGAGGCUAUAGUGAGCGCUGCGAUGUACAUGAAGGUCAAACAGGGCGGCGGCCCAGCCAUGCAAGACAUAUCCUUCCAGGAGCUGCAAAACCAGAUCCAAUUCUUGUCGUCACUGUUCCGUGGGGAAUUCAUCUUCCCCAGCGAAGGUCUUGCUGCCAACUUGGAAAAGACGCUACGGGACUUGGAAGCUGACAAGGUGCUAAAACUGCACCGGGACGACCAGGGCAAGGUGGUUGUUGUUGGUCUUUCGGAUCACGAGCGAGUAGUUGGCCGAGAGAACUACGAUUUCUACUGCUUCCUCAUUUGGCCGUUUAUCGAGGCUAGCUGGCUCGCGGCAGUCUCAUUAAUGGGCUUAACGCCACCUCUGGGCCAGAAGGACGACAUCUGGAUCGAGGCGGCAAAAGCCCAAGGCAGCGCACAACUGCUCGGCAAGACACUUUAUCACCAGGGUGAUCUCAGCUACUUCGAGGCGGUGAACAAGGAGACCCUGAAGAACGCCUAUCAACGGUUCGAAGAAGAAGGCAUUCUCCAGGUCGUCAAGUCGAAGGACCCCAAGAUCCCCCCACGCUUGCGUCUCGACCCGGAGUGGCGUCCUUCGCGCGACCCGGAAACUGGUAGCCUCAACGCGUCUGGCCGGCUCUGGGACUUUACCGAGAAGAUUGCCUCAAGCCGACGAGAGGGCAAGAACCGUCGUGACGGUGCCACUGUUAGCACUCGCGUUUUGCGCCUGACGGAUCUAUUGGGUAGCAAGCUAUUCGAUGCCGCCCGGAACAUUGACGGUAAGGGCGUCUCGCCGACACUGAGCAUCGAGGAUGCGCGGCAGCUCAAGAUGAGCGUCAAGGAGCAGAGAAGACGCCGGUCGCUGGAGAACCGAGCGCACUUGUAA